AUUUAGGUCUACUACAGUACAUAAACCAAACAAAUAUGAGUGUUGAACAUCUGGCUAAUGUCCUUUCUGCCAAAGCUAGGAGCAGCAGCUGGGUGGUGGUCUUCAAAGCCCUGGUCACAAUACAUCACCUCAUGGUUAAUGGAAAUGAGCGUUUUAUUCAACAUCUUGCCUCUCGAAGUUCUUUGUUUACUUUACACAACUUCCUGGAUAAAAGUGUCAUAGAAGGCUAUACUAUGUCAACAUUCAUCAGACGAUAUAGCAGGUACCUGAAUGAAAAGUCGCUCGCAUACAGAAUGAUCUCAUCUGACAUCACAAAAAUCAAGAGAGGGGCACAUGGUGUGAUGAGAACUAUGAAUACCAAUGAGCUUCUAAACACACUUCCAGUCAUUCAAACCCAAUUUGAUGCUCUUCUUAAUUUUAAUGCAAAUCCUGACCAACUAACUAAUGGGAUCAUACAGUCUGCUUUUAUACUACUCUUUAAAGAUUCUCUUCGUCUUUUUUCAGCUUAUAAUGAAGGGAUCCUUAAUCUUUUAGACAAUUAUUUUAACAUGAGGAAGAACCAAUGCAAGGAAAGUUUGGAUAUUUACAUCAAAUUUCUUGGAAGAACAGCCAAACUGACAGAAUUCCUAAAGGUUGCAGAGGAAUUUGGAGUUGAGCGGAAAGACAUUCCAUAUCUUUCUCAGGUACCACACAGUUUAAUUGAAGCACUAAAACAGCAUUUAGCUUCUUUGGAAUUGAAAAAUGACAUACUAUCUCCUUAUAGGUUAUUUUGUCCACAUAAUUUGUUACAACUACCAUUAUUUUCACAAACUUGCAAAACUGUUGGAGAUGAACAGCAAGGUGAAAAUCUCACAGCAAACAACAUGGAUGGCUUACUUGUAGGAAAUGCAGUUCAAAUAGAGGCAACAAAGCAGAACAACUCAGAUUCAGGUGGAAAAAUUAUGAUCUUUCAACAGGCUGAACUGAACUGAAUCAUCCUCAUCUUCUAAAUUCAAUAAACACAACCCUGGCAUUCAAUAAUA